CGGAAGGGCCACAGGGUGGGCGGCUCUUUGUCGAAGCUAGAGGACCGGCAGGCGGCAGCAGCAACUACGGCGGCGGCGGCAGAACCCAGCAGUGAUGUGGAGGUGGAGACCCACAGGAGCCCGGGACUUCACCUGAGCUACCUCAGCCUAUCAUCAUUUGUGAAAUGAAAUGGCUCCUUCCCAACUCCCUCCCUCCACCAGCUAGCAAGUGUGAAUCAUUCUAACCAAGACCAGCAGUCACCAAGAGUGGCAAGAAAAGGAAGAAGGCCCCGAGUAGGGGGGGGACCAGGAUGCCUGACCGGGACGGCUAUGCCAACGGCACCGGGAGCAAUGGUGGAGGCCCUGGCGGUGGUGGCAGUGAAGAGGCCAGUGGCGCAGGGGCAGGCAGUGGUACAGCCAGCUCAGAUGCCAUCUGUAGAGACUUCCUAAGGAAUGUGUGCAAGCGAGGCAAGCGCUGUCGAUAUCGCCACCCAGACAUGAGUGAAGUGUCCAACUUAGGGGUAAGCAAAAAUGAAUUCAUCUUCUGCCAUGACUUCCAGAACAAGGAGUGUAGCCGCCCAAACUGCCGUUUCAUCCAUGGCUCGAAGGAGGAUGAAGAUGGCUAUAAGAAGACAGGAGAGCUUCCCCCUCGGUUGAGGCAGAAAGUGGCAGCUGGCCUGGGCCUUUCACCAGCUGAUCUACCAAAUGGCAAGGAAGAGGUUCCUAUCUGCCGGGACUUCCUCAAGGGCGACUGUCAGAGAGGAGCCAAGUGCAAGUUCCGUCACCUGCAGCGGGAUUUUGAGUUUGAUGCUCGGGGUGGAGGAGGCACUGGUGGUGGGGGCUCAACAGGCUCCCUACCUCCAGGACGUCGUCAUGAUCUCUAUGAUAUCUAUGACCUUCCUGACAGGGGCUUUGAGGACCAUGAGCCAGGCCCCAAGCGUCGGCGAGGUGGCUGUUGCCCUCCUGAUGGCCCUCACUUUGAAUCAUAUGAAUAUAGCUUGGCUCCACCCCGAGGGGUAGAGUGCAGACUGCUAGAGGAGGAGAAUGCAAUGCUCAGGAAGCGCGUGGAGGAGUUAAAGAAGCAGGUCAGCAACUUGUUAGCCACCAAUGAGGUACUUCUGGAGCAGAAUGCCCAGUUCCGAAAUCAAGCCAAGGUCAUGACCCUUAGCUCCACUGCACCAGCAACUGAGCAGACUCUGGCACCCACUGUGGGCACUGUUGCCACUUUUAACCAUGGCAUUGCCCAGACUCACACUACUCUCAGCAGCCAGGCCCUACAGCCCCGUCCUGUGUCCCAGCAAGAACUGGUGGCCCCUGCUGGAGCUCCAGCUGCUCCCCCAACUAAUGCUGCUCCUCCUGCUGCCCCACCGCCCCCACCCCCACACUUGAACCCAGAGAUUGCGCCAUUGUCAGCUGCUCUGGCACAAACAAUCGCCCAGGGAAUGGCACCUCCACCUGUCUCCAUGGCUCCUGUGGCUGUAUCUGUGGCUCCUGUGGCUCCAGUGGCUGUAUCGAUGGCCCAACCCUUGGCAGGAAUCACAAUGAGCCAUACCACCACUCCUAUGGUGACUUACCCCAUUGCUUCCCAGAGCAUGCGCAUCACUGCCAUGCCACACUGAUCAGGCUAAUGGACACUCCCCUGGUAUGGCCUCUCAGGGCUGGGUCUAGGGGCCCCUACCCCGCCCUUAGUCCUCCUGGGUCAUGCCUGAAGGGCUCUCUCAAGAACCAGGAUGAGAGACAAUAAGGAGUGUGCUUCUGAGGAGUAUUUCUUGAGGUGGGGUUGGGCUGUUAUGUUCUCUCACCUCCCUUUUAAGAGGGCCUCAUGUCUUCAUGCCUAACUUGAGGGGGCUUGCAUAGGGGUACAGACUGAAGCUAUGAGAGGGAGGACUGACUGAGGGCCUGCGUUUUAUGGGAAGUUGGGAACCUCCCUGGUCUUGUCCUUUCUUGAGAACAGCACAAGUUGUGGCACUGAUUUUGGAAGAAAAAAAAUGCCCACCAAGAAAGAGUCAGGAAAGAUUGAGAAGUGGGUAGCCAGGAGAGAGGUCUCAGACAUCUUCAAAUCACUUGGGGCCCACUUGGGUUGGAUAAUACAGUAACUGCUCUGGAGCCCUCGGGAAGGCCGGGACCAUAGUACUCCAGCCUGAAGACUAGAGGGGCAUUCAUUUACCUAGCUUAGCCUGGAAAUCUGUAGGGCAGGGCCCACUACUUUCCAAAGAAAUAAAAGAAUUAUUUUUAACAAAUGGAGGCAGUGCAAACUUGCUUAGAUACUGUGUGUGGAAGAUGGGAGCAUAAAGUAGAUCUCAUGCCAAAAUGGAGUGAAACCCCAUACAUGUAGCUUGGGUAAGACUGAUGGAGAGUAGAACCCAGAACGAAACUAGAGGGGCCAGGGAGAUAGUUCAG